UGCAGAUAGAACUCAUUUACAACUUAUUAUAAUUGGAUAUAUAGAAAAUCUUCCGCUAAAAUCUUAAAGAUCUAAAAAAAUGUCAGCUUUUUAUUUGUGGCGUCUGAUAAAGAUGAGUCGACUAGCACAAGGUAUGAAUUUAGUCAAAUUAUAUGAAGUUGCACCAAUGGUUUCCAUAAUGAACAAAUAUGCCAUUACCACAAUUCGUAACAUGUCUUACAAGCGCUGCUUUCAUGCAAAUCUAAAAUUGAGUCCCAUAAUGUCAAAAUGUCGAUGUUUCUCUACAUCUGAAUCGGAAGGACCUAAAAAUGAGGAUUUGGAACGUGUAUUUCGUACUUUGGAGGAAAAUUUACCGGGCUUGUUUGCACAACCAUUGGAUUACUCCAUCUAUAGUCCAAAUCUCAUUUUUCAAAAUAACAUUACUGGUACCUAUACAGUUGGACUCUUUCAUUAUGUAACCCAAAUUGCGCUAUUUCGUACCGUUGGCCACAUUAAGUACGCGUACAUCAAGUUCGAAGUAUUGAAAAUCACUAAACACAAGGAAGAUUACACCAUUAAAAUUCGCUGGCGCGUACGUGGCAUAUCAGGAAUGAAAUUAGUUUUGCAUAUUUGGAAGCAUAAAUUUUUGCAGUUAAAAGAUAUUCUCCAAAAGGAGGAAUCAUGGUAUGAUGGGUUUUCGAUAUGUUAUUUGGGCGCAGAUGGUUUGAUUAGCAAGCAUGUAGUAGACAGAGUAUCGCCCGAUCAGGAGCCAUUCGAAUGCAACCCUGAACCUGCAGUAGCAGAAGGAACUGUUGAAGCGACUUCAAUUAGGAGUUUUUAAAGAGAAUAUAUUUUUUUAUUAAUUUAACGCUAUAAAUUAAUGUUGUAUGUUUGAAAAUAAAAAUGUAAG